CCAUCUCCAAGGCCUAAGGCGUAAAAGAUGGCUGCUUGUCAACCAGGAGAGAAGGGCUGGUGCACGAGUGUCAGGAGGAGAAAGGCCAGCUGUAUUGCAGCAAAGGCCCUCCAGACACUCACCAUCAACCUGUUCCAUAUCUGCAAUGGCACAGCAGGACAAAGUCUUGAAAGAGCAAGUGUGCCUGCUGUGUCGCCGGGCAGAGGCGGACCCGGACAUCUGUGGGAUCAAGAGGGUGAAGUUCAGGCUCUGUGUCCAUAUCUACUGCCAGGGACACCAGACGCGUCAUCCAGGAGGCAGCCAAGAAGCAAGAUGGGGGCCACCAUCACUUGCUGGAAGACGGGGUGUGACCGCAGCUUCCAUCUGCCCUGUGCCCCACAGGGUGAAUGCGUCACCCAGUUCUUCGGGCUCUACAGGUCCUUCUGCUGGGAGCACCGCCCACGGCAGGCAGUGCAGGCCCGUCCAAGGCAGAACAACACCUGCAGCAUCUGCCUGGAUACCGUGGAAGACAAAACAUCCUACAAAACAAUGGUGUGCCCUGCGUGUCAAGAUGCCCACUUCCACCGGCACUGCAUCCAGAGACUGGCUCUCCACGCUGGCACCUGCUUCCGCUGCCCAUGCUGCCAGAACCAAGAGCUGUUUCUGAUGGAAAUGCUCACAAUGGGGAUCCGAAUCUCCAAGAGACCUCCAUCAUGGGAGAGCGACCCAGCAGUCGGAGCAUUAGAUCAGAGGCACAGCCGCUGCGACGCCAGCACAUGCCUUUGCCCAGGAGGCAGGAAGCACACAGAGGAAGAGGGGCCCUGGGAACUGCUCCUGUGCAGCUCCUGCGCUGCAGAGGGCACCCAUCGACACUGCUCCUCUUUGGCGAGCAGCACCAGCUCCUGGGAGUGCAAGGGCUGUGCUGGCACAGAGACUGGGUCCACUGACAAUUCAGAGCUUGUCAGGCCCAACACCUCCAGCCAGGCAGCAUCAGGGCUGUGCCAUGCAAGCAGCAGCUUCUCCAGACACCCUGGGCCAGCCCAGAUCCAACAGUGCACACAGAGACUACGGCAGGCACAAAACUCAGGCAGCCCCACAGUAAAAUGCCCAAGGAUCAACCGUGUGCCACUGCUGAGUGCUGAGACCAGCAGCCUCAGCACUUCCAGUCAGGCAGGGUCGAGGUUGUCCCAGAACACGUUGCCCGUCUGCUUUCCCUGCCCUCGGCAGGGCUUGAAGCGGCAGCGCCAGGAGCAGGACAAUGAGUCCUGGACACCCUACAGCCCGCCGGCAAAACGCCGCAGGAUCUCCGAAGAGCCAGCCCAGAGCGCUCCAGCCAGCGGGCCCAGCACCUCCAGUCAGGCAUCGUGGCUGUACCGCAGCAUUUGGGUGGCCAACAGAGCAAUAGCACAGUUACUACCACUGUACAGGCCGUCAUGGCUCUUCCCCAGCUCCGUGAGGGAAAACCGCUCCCAGCUGGGGCCGGUUCGGAUGCGACACAUCUCACGGCGGCAGCGGCGGGCGAGGAAGCCCUACAGCCUGCCCCAAAACCACCGCAGGACCAGGCGUGCGCCAGCCCCAUGUGCUGGCUCCCCCCCAACACCACAGAAACACAAGAAAAAAAGAAAAUAAAAGUUGGUUUGCACUGGGAGAUGCCAUACUCCUUCCCCAGUCAUCUUGCAGCCUCCUGCAACUGAUGUCCCGGUUCAGGAAGGUACUCUAGCAUGUGUGUCCCCUCAGGGACUCAAACUGUCUCAUCAUGGCACUCGGUGUCAGGUGAAGCUUGUAGACUCAAAGUCCUGUAAAUACGUUGUAUUAGCAGCAGUUGACAUGUAAAAAUUCCACCUCCUCACUGGAAAACACCUGGAAUGCAAUUCAGCAGCUCUGGUUGAGUACUCCAUUAGGAACUGGGGCACAGGGGACAGUCACUGCCCUGGUCCUGGUGCAGGCCAGAACGCCACUGCCAUUGCCAACAUCAGCUUGUGUUCAGCUACUGCCAACCAUCACCUCCCGGUCCUUUCCUGCCAGGCAGCUUUCCAGACACUCUUUCUCAAGUCACGUUGUUCAUGUUGUUCAACACGCCAUGUUCAGGGUUGACCUCAAACUCUUCAGGACAUUGCUGAUCUAUUGCAUUAGGUGUGUUUCUACUAACACGUCCAAAAAAACCUUGAGUGAUGUGCAGAGGAGGCUUUGGGAGCCUGGAACAGUCAGACAGGCAUUUCUUUCUGUGCACGGGGCUACAACUCCCAACCAGAGAUUAAAUACCCAUAGUCUGAGUGGAGACAAAGUGGCUGAUCUAUAGCUCCCUGCUAAGAAGGUGUGAAGGGGGGAGAGGUGGCCAGGCAGGGGGACAGGCUAUAAAUAGCAGCUGCAAUGAGCUGCUGACUGUGAUCCACCAAUGACAUGGGCAUUUCAGGUCAGGGGACAGGCCUGGGUAUCUGAGAUGUGAGGACAAAACUCAUUCAGAGAGCUAGGAUGGCUAACAGAGGGCUAAAAAAUGCAAAAAUAAAAAAAAAAAAAUCACAUCCUCAGUCUCACAGAACAUGUAGGAAAGUGUCUCCUAGGUGAAUCUGACCUAGACUACAUUUUAUAUUGGGUUCGAAUAUUAGAUUUUAUUUUGAGCCUUUAUCUUAAGCCUUGACAAAUACACUUUUAC